UUUGGCCAAUGAUAAAAAAGAAGCAAAACUUAUGAAAUAACCCAAUUAUACCUAUAGAAUUUUAUAUCAUUAAAUUAGGAAGACACCUUUUAAUUUCAUAUAUGCAAAUUUUAAAAUUAAUAGAAAAAUGGUAUAAGUCAGACCGAGAUCAAAUAUGUGUAAUUGUGUAAAUAGAUCGAAAUAUACUAAAUAAAACUAACUACACUCCAGCUAAAAAAAAAAAAAUUACUUCACCAAAAUUCUUUUUAAUAUCAAAGAUGAAAAAUGAAAGAUGAGUCCCUAAAUAGUAAAUAAUGAUAAUUAUCAAAGUCAAAACUUCGAAAAUGUAUUUGGGCUCCAAAAUAAAACAAUUGAAUUUUUUUUUUUAAAAAAAACAAUUGAAUUUGAUAUCAUUUCCAACUCAAAUGCCAAUGAGAUAAAAAGGGAGAAAAUAACAAAGAUUAAAUAGAAAAAAGUGGAAAAAAAAAAAAAAAAAAAAAAAAAAAAAAAACUCUAAAACCCUAAAACAUUUGUCUCCUCUCACACUCUUCCCCAAUUUCCCCCAUCACUCACUUCCUUCCAUUCCAGGAUAAUAAUUCCUAUAAAAGCCCUUUAUUUUUGUUUUUUUCUCACUCCUCUUUCUUCACUCUCAAAUUUUGCAUCAAAUUAAAGGAAAAAAAAAAUGGCAACUCUUGGAUUUACAAAUGCCAAUGAAUUAAUGUACUCUCAUCUAAUUUCAACCCAAUUUUCUCAUACCAAAAAAAGUUUCAAUUUUAACUCCAAAAAUUUCUUCUUUCCCAAAAAUUCAAAAACAAGAAAAAAUAAUGGGCGAAAUUAUGCAGGAUUUUCUACUUCUUGUUCAUUUACUCCCAUGGAAACUGCUAAGAUUAAGGCUGUGGGUGUUGGUGGGGGUGGCAAUAAUGCUGUUAAUCGCAUGAUUGGUAGUGGUUUGCAGGGUGUUGAUUUCUAUGCCAUAAACACAGAUGCUCAGGCGUUAUUGCAAUCAGCUGCUGAGCACCCAAUUCAAAUUGGAGAGCUUUUGACACGUGGAUUAGGUACUGGUGGGAAUCCAUCACUUGGGGAGCAGGCUGCUCAAGAAUCAAAAGAAGCUAUUGCAACUGCACUUGCAGGAUCAGACCUCGUGUUUGUAACAGCAGGAAUGGGUGGGGGCACUGGAUCAGGUGCUGCUCCGGUCAUCGCUCAAAUAGCCAAGGAUGCAGGUUACCUCACUGUGGGUGUGGUGACGUAUCCUUUCAGCUUUGAGGGUCGCAAAAGGUCAUUGCAGGCACUGGAUGCUAUUGAAAAGCUGCAAAAUAAUGUUGAUACCCUCAUUGUGAUACCAAAUGACCGUCUCUUGGACAUUGCCGAUGAACAAACUCCUCUUCAGGAUGCUUUUCAGCUGGCUGACGAUGUUCUUCGCCAGGGUGUUCAAGGAAUUUCAGACAUAAUUACGAUUCCAGGACUUGUAAACGUGGACUUUGCUGACGUCAAGGCAGUCAUGAAGGAUUCUGGAACGGCAAUGCUUGGGGUGGGUGUUUCCUCUAGUAAAAACCGUGCUGAAGAAGCAGCUGAACAAGCAACUUUGGCACCUCUUAUUGGGUCAUCCAUACAAUCUGCAACUGGUGUUGUAUACAAUAUAACCGGUGGAAAGGAUAUAACAUUACAGGAAGUUAAUAGAGUAUCACAGGUAGUUACAAGUUUAGCAGAUCCAUCAGCGAACAUAAUAUUUGGGGCUGUUGUGGAUGAUCGCUACAAUGGAGAGAUUCAUGUGACCAUCAUUGCCACAGGCUUCUCCCAAUCAUUUCAAAAGACACUACUAACAGAUCCCAAAGCUUCAAGGCUUUUCGAUAAAGUAACCCAGGAAAGCAAAGGAUCUACUGGUCUUCCAAACUCAUCCCCGCUCUCUCCAAACUCCGUACCACCACGACAACCUCCAAGAAAGCUGUUCUUCUAGAGUCUGAAACAUAACUCUUUCCUGCCAUGCCAUUGUUUGAUCUCUUGGUCAUGGGUUUAUUAUGAUCUUGGAAAAAAAAAAAUCAAUGUUACAUCUUGCUUAUUCCUACCUCGUAUCUCUCUCACCCUUUUCUUUUUUUUUUUCUUUUUUUUAACUAGGAUUUGCUUGAUUCUUUGAUAUUUCCGACACAAAUGCUUCAGUAUGAAACAUGCUAAUGUAAAUCUUCUUUAAUUUGACCUGAUUCAAUUAUUUUUAAUUUGUUACAAUGUUUAUCAAUUAUUUUUUAUGGUAAACUCUAGUAGAGCUUAAAGAGUGGAGAGGGAUAGAGAAAGAACGGCCGGAGGAGAUCAGGAGAAACACGCUGUCGUCUCGACCUGAGAUUUGUUCCAUCCUUUUUUUCCCACCCUAGAAAGGGUUGCCAGAGAUAUAUUGGUAGUUUUGAUAUGAAACCUUUUAAUUAAGGAAGGUGGUUCAUUAUUGUUUAUUUUUAGAAAUUAUUACAGUAUUAUUUUUCUUUAUUGUUAUUAGGUUUUUAUUUGUGUGAAUUUA